UGGAUUUUUUUUUUUGUAUAUUUUUAUUUUUUGACGUUGCUCGUUGUGGCUUCUGAUUAUUUAUUUAUUUAUUCAUUUAUUUAUCUUUUUUUUAUUAUUCUUUUUGCAUGAUUCAUUUCGGGCACUGUUAUUACACUGGGUUGUUAUUUUCGUACAUGGCGCGGGAGUCGCGCGCGUUCUACGGUCACGGUCGCGCUGUAACGGAUUCGGAUUCGGUGAAGCGGGGCGGUGCGGCGCGCGGCGGCGGCGGCGGCGGUGGCUCGUGCUCUUCGGCCCGGCGGCUCCAGGACGCCUGAUGCUCGCCUCCAAGCCUCGGAAUUCAUCCCCCUGCUUUACCUCCUCAUCCUCUUCCUUAAGACCGGUUUACACGCCAAUGCUCGACGGAUUAAGCGCCACUUAUGGAAACUGGGGACCAAAAUUUUAGAAAAAAGCUAAAUUAACACCGGUUCUUCAUUCCAAGCUGCUUCACUUGUUCAUUUUGCUGGGCUCAUCAUGGCUCCUUGAUUUGCUUCUAAACGUAACACCAGCCCUGAUUUAUUUUUAUGUAUUUCUUAUAAAUCCAUUCAAGGACCUUUUUUUUGCUUUAAUUUCAGCUCGGUGUUUGUGUAUUUUAGAGGUCUUCCUGUCAUUUCUCCAUCCCUCUCUCUCUCUCUCUCACUGUCUCCAUCUCUCUCUCUCUCUCUAUCUCUGGCUUUCCUUAUGUUUAGAUGAAUAGAUGUUUAGAGUCAGUAGAGAGACAGAAAGAUUUCUUGCCAUUGCCUAUAAACAGAUGAUAGGCAUCACUCAUAAGGAUUGAAAUAGCUUAAGCAUUUGGGUCGCACCACCAGUCACAGUCUGAGGUUAUAAGUGGUCUCAUCUGUUCCCCUUAAAACCUCAAAUCCGUCAUUCCCAUUCCCACAGUCAGCCUGGAAUGGACUGUAGUGCCAACCAUCACCUGACAGAGGAGGGUGUAAGCUGGGAUACACGUGUCCAGAUUUGAAGGAUCGGAUGCACUGGAUCUUCCUUAAGCACUGACUCAGUUUUUUGAUAGUUGGAUUGUUGCUCCAGAUUUCCUUUUCCUUGUCAAAAAAAUCACCAGUUCGCCAAGUGGUGUUAUGUUUUGUAUACAUCUUGACAUCUUCCACUUCUGAAGUUGGCCGCCACAGUGUUUGUGAAGUAGGUGCGCAGGCAGAGAGUCACCACUCCCGUUGUCUUCCUACUUUGGUUGAAUCCAUCUCGGCCAUCGUCAGACUCAUCAGCAGUGUGAAUUUCUUUUUCCACGACCCUCUUCCCCCACGUAGCCUAAUUCCCACUUUGUUAAGGUGCCCCAUUUUCUGCCUUGGUGUGGUCCUGUAAAUUUACAAAUAUUUAUUUCCUAUACGUCAAGAGGAAAGGGGGUUCCCCUUUCAUAGAAUGCGGCAACAUGGGUCUCUUUGACCGCGGGGUUCAGAUCUGCUGCUCGACCACGGUGGGCGCCUUCGCCGCCUUCAGUCUCAUGACCAUCGCGGUCGGCACGGACUACUGGCUCUAUUCACGAGGAGUGUGCAUAAAGACUAACAACGAAAAUGAGACAAGUAAGAAAAACGAAGAGGUGAUGACGCACUCGGGACUGUGGAGAACCUGCUGUUUAGAAGGGAACUUUAAAGGGCUGUGUAAACAGAUCGAUCACUUUCCUGAAGACGCAGACUACGAAGCUGACGCGGGAGAGUACUUCCUUCGAGCAGUGAGGGCAUCUAGUAUAUUCCCCAUCCUUAGCGUGAUCCUACUCUUCAUGGGAGGUCUGUGUAUUGCAGCCAGCGAGUUCUACAAGUCCCGUCACAACAUCAUCCUCAGUGCAGGGAUCCUCUUCGUGUCUGCAGGUUUGAGCAACAUCAUUGGCAUGAUUGUCUACAUAUCAGCGAAUGCUGGUGACCCCACCAAGAGCGAUUCUAAAAAGAACAGCUACUCGUACGGCUGGAGCUUCUACUUUGGUGCUCUGUCUUUCAUCAUGGCCGAGAUGGUGGGUGUCCUGGCCGUGCACAUGUUUAUCGACCGGCACCGUGAACUCCGAGCUGCCAGUGCCCGGGCUGGAAGAGGCAUUGCCACUGGAAACGCAGACUACCUGCAUGGCUCAGCCAUCACACGCAUCCCCAGCUACCGCUACCGUUAUCGGCGCCGCUCACGCUCCUCCAGCCGCUCCACGGAACCCUCACAGUCACGUGACACCUCUCCGCUGGGCCUCAAGGGCUUUGGAGCUCUGCCAUCCACCGACAUCUCCAUGUACACUCUGAGCCGUGGAGGAGCAGAUACGCUGAAAGCCACUCCCCCAGCCACCUACAACUCGGAGAGGGACCAUAACUUCCUGCAGGUCCACAACUGUAUCCAGAAAGACGCAAAGGACUCACACAGCAACGCAGCCAACCGUCGCACUACGCCUGUAUGAGAGCCACAGAGACCAAUACUGGCUGGGAGGGGAAAUGACUGAACAUGGGCCAGAAAAAGAGAGACAGGGAACAAAUGAGUGAGAGAAAGGAUGGAGAA